AGACUCUGAUAACUACAUUGCUUAUUACAGAAGAGCCACAGUGUACUUAGCCAUGGGCAAAUCAAAAGCAGCAAUUUGUGAUUUAAGUAAAGCGGUUGAAUUAAGGCAGGACUUCACAUCAGCGAGAUUACAGAGAGGACACUUACUGCUCAAGCAAGGAAAAUUUGAUGAAGCAGAGGAUGACUUUAAAAAUGUGCUUAAAUCCAAUCCUAGCAAUAAUGAGGAAAAAGAAGCCCAGACUCAGCUGACAAAAUCUGAUGAGCUACAGCACCUGCAUUCACAAGCAUUAUCUGCCUACCAGCAAGAGGAUUAUGAAGCCGCUAUUUCUCUUCUUGAUGAAAUCUUGGCAGUUUGUGUUUGGGACGCAGAGCUACGGGAACUUCGAGCUGAGUGUUAUAUAAAGGAAGGAGAACCAAGCAAAGCCAUUAGUGACUUGAAAGCUGCUGCCAAAUUAAAGAAUGAUAACACUGAAGCCUUCUAUAAGAUCAGCAGAAUAUAUUAUCAGUUGGGAGACCAUGAAUUGUCACUCAGUGAAGUCCGGGAGUGUCUGAAACUGGACCAAGAUCACAAGCAGUGCUUCUCUCUGUAUAAACAAGUAAAGAAACUCAAUAAGCAGAUUGAGUCAGCAGAGGAAUUCAUCCGAGAAGGCAGGUAUCAAGAUGCUAUCAAUAAGUAUGAGUCUGUAAUGAAAACUGAGCCAGAUGUCCCAGUUUAUGCUACUCGUGCCAAAGAAAGGAUCUGCCACUGCUUGUCAAAGAACCAGCAGGCUGCAGAAGCCAUAAAAGUUUGUACAGAAGUUCUGCAAUUGGAGUCAACCAAUGUGAAUGCCCUGAAAGACAGAGCAGAAGCUUAUCUGCUGGAAGACCUUUAUGAAGAAGCUAUUAAAGACUAUGAGACUGCUCAAGCCAGUAGUGAAAACGACCAGCAGAUUCGGGAAGGGCUGGAACGUGCCCAGAAGAUGCUGAAGCAAUCACAGAAGAGGGAUUACUAUAAAAUCUUAGGAGUAAAAAG